UAUAAGGCUGGAGGGUGACGGUGAUCAAGGGCCUGUCGCGCUCCUGCAGCAUCAAGGGCGACGUGAGCUACUCGCCGCCCGAGCCGCACGCCGCCGCCGCCAUCAAGAGCAUGCACGAGCUGCAGGCGUUCUUAGAGUCAAACCCGUGCCCCGCGCUGUCGGCCGACUGCUUCAGCUUCAGCGCGCGCACAGUGUUGGGAGAAUACGUGCAACCAGCAGCCGAGCUUGCUGAGCCGCUGGUGUUUAACGAGCAGGAGAUCACUAAGAGGCUGGAAGAAGCGCGGGCCCUCGCAGCAUUAGCGGGCCCUCGACCAACUCCUCCACCAGUGGACCGCCGCAUCGAGUUAGCGCGGCGCCAACAAGCCGCCAGGGACGCGCGCCGCGACGCCAGUCUCCGUUCGCGCGACCAGGCUCGUCUAGUCAGAGAGUUAGAGAGAAACGAAAAGGCAGAGAUGGCGAAACGGGAGAAGGAAGCACGGAGUCAACAGUUACUCGAGCAUAUCAACAAGAACCGAACGCAGCUCACCAUCGAGCCUCUGCCGUCGAUACCGAAAUCUGGUACCGAUAGUGAUUGGAAAUUACCAGAUAUAGUCAUGGGCCCUGCGACUAAGACGCCGAAAGAGCGGAUAAUGCCGCCUAUAUCUUUGUCGUUGAUACCGGUACCAGGGCCGAAAGAUAACCAAAAUUCGCCCAUAAAAACCAUAAAUUUUGACCAGAAUUAUAAAGAAGAGGAAUACAACGCUCUAGACAAAAUGAAGGACUUCGCUGAGAAAGCCGCUUUCGAUCUACCAAAGCGGCCAAAAGACAAUAAAUACUUCGACUUCUCGCUCAUGAAAGCGAAUGAAAAGCGACCCAAAGUCCCCGACAAAGAGAACAAUUUAGAAAAGCUUAUAGAAUCCUACUCCAGGAUAUCCGAAUUCAUAAACGGCUGUGAUUGGUCAAAAUUACCGGCUGACAAAAAGACUGAAGAUGCAAAGAUUUUAGAAAAGAAGUAUUUAGACGCCAAAAACGAGUUCAUGACACAAAACCUUAUGCUUUUACCUAAAGACAGUCAAAAGUCUGUACUGAAAGAGGUCAUUGACUUGAGCGAGGAGGACGACAAUAUACUGACUGAUAUCAUAGCCAAAAAGAUUAGUAAAGGGACCUUUAAUAUCGGGAAAGACGGAGCCCUAUCGAUCUCGGUCCAUCCGUUUGCCAGUAAGGACACGUACGGACCGGCUAAGCGAAAAAAGCAGGAAGAAAUCGAGAAGCAGAAGAUUGAGGAGCAAGCUAAAAGGCAACAGGAGAGAGAAUUGAAGAGACAACAGGCUAUCCUACUAAAAGAACAGAAUGCCACAUCACGGGUGCAGCAAAAGUAUAUAACUGAGGAACGCGAAAGAAGACGGCAGCACACGACGUUCAUCCGCCAACUGGACUCUAGAAAGAGAUGGGAGGAUAAGGAGAGGAGAAAGCACCAGAACCUACUGGACAGACUGCUGGUCAAAGAAAAGAAGCUGCAGCAGAGACGGAAGGAGAUGGAGCUAUUGGCUGAAUUGAGACGGCCGCAAGAGGACUCAUCCCUCUCGGAUAAAAAACCUCUGCCGACCCUCGCGCGGAUCCCCGGCCUCAAGCUUCCGGGGCAGGCUUUCGCGGACAUACUUCAAGUGUACGAGUUCAUACACAACUUUGGGCAGACACUAGGAUUUGACGUAGACAACAUCCCGACUCUGAACACUUUCCAGCUGGCUUUAUUGCCGGACUGCUCGGUUGAUGCAGAAGAAGAACUAGUGCAGGUUUUGACCCAGCUACUGGUUUGUGCCAUUGAGGAUCCAGGCAUUCCACACCCGGGACGGCAUACUACAUUACUCGGUCAUGCUAUCCGUAUGGGUGACAUCACGCCUGCCAAUCUGAGUGAGGUGCUGCGGAUAUACCUGUACGCAAACGCUACUGGGGAGAUCAAGGCGCUCACUGGGCUAACCGCAGAGCGUGAGCGCGAGCGCCGCGUAGCAGACCACCAUCAAAGCGACGCAGAAAUGCAGCAUGCGUGCGCGCACUCUAAGAACGCGGCCUACUACGAGCAGUUACACGCCAACCAGACUUACAAGCUGUCCGAGGCCCUCCGUGACCAGCCAUUCUUAGCCCUGAACGCGACGACCAAGGCCAAGAUCCUAGCCUUUAUCUGCAACGAACUGUUACAAAACAAAGCAGUGUUGCGGCAAAUCGACCAGUCUUUGGAGAACUUGAACCAGCUGAAGAAGGAGCGGUAUUUGAUGGACAUGAAGAUCAGGAAAGUGCGAGUCCUCCACCAACGGAAGAUGCGCACAGAACAGACUGAGAAGCAGCAAGCGCUAGCUUUGGAGCGCAUGCAGAGACUUGUUGAAGAGAGCGCCGCUACACGCAGCACUUCGCCGCCGCCUACAGACGAAGAACAACCACCAUCAGAAAAAAGCACACCCAAGAAACCAGACUCGCCCCAUCCUGAAGACGAAAAACCACCUUCUCCAUACAAAGAGCCGGAGGAGAGUGACAAGGAACUCUCGCCCCUAAAGGACUUAUCAAAUAACAUGAAGAACAAAGAGAUUCUGAAUAACAAUAAGGAGGAAUGUUCCCCAGCAGAUAAUUCUAAGUUGGAUAAGGACAGCGUUAUGGGCGACUGUGAUGCGAUAUUGAGCGAUUUGGAGAGCGAAGGCACUCAACCGGAGGAGGACGAAGACAAGAACCUAUCUUCAGAGGAGCUAGCUCGCAAGUUAGAGAAACUGACGCGACAGUCCGAGCAACAGUUACAAUCUCUCGCGGCCGGCUCGCACGCGCUUCGUGCUACUUGCUAUGGCCAGGACAGGUACUGGCGCCGCUACUGGUCGCUCGGCAAGUGCGGCGGCGUGUUUGUGGAGGCGCUGGAGUCGGCGCAGCCUGAGACCAUGGCCUACCACCAGGCGCUGGAGGCCGCGCAGGCCCGCGCGCGCGCGCCCCCAGCCGCCCGGAGGAAGAAGAGAGGUCGAGAGAAAAAAGAGCCCGCGCCGUCCGACGCUGAACGCCUCGACUCAGAAACCGAGAUGCUGAAAGAAGAGGCUCUCAAGAGUGAGAUGGAACUCAAGAGCAUCAAGUCGGAGCUCAAUCUCAGCGACCACACCCAGAUCAUCAAGUACGAGCCGAAUGUCAAACAUGGCGCUUGUAAGGUCGAAGGUUCAUCGAUAAAAAUGGAAGAGAAAUACAUCCAGCAGAAACAGAACAACGAAGAAGAAGAUAUGCUCGACAUAGAAGAUUCCAUUCCCACCGCGUUCCUAGUCCAAAAACCAACUCACAAGCCCAUGUAUGCUGCCCAAGCGGAGCCGGUGGACAAACCGCAGGAAAUCGUCAAAGUUGAAAACCUGGUCAAGAAGGAAGAAACAGAACCGGAAGAACCGAAAGACCAACUCGUAAAUAACCUUGAAGAGCUCCGCAAGAUGGCCGAAGCAGUUUCGUCCCAACUAGACGCGGCUAAGAAAGCCGAAGCUGAAGUCAAAGACGAAAAAGAGCCAAUAGAAGUCAAAAAAGAAGUGAUGGAACCUGAUUCUGCGCACGGGCAUUUAUAUUCCCGAAUGUUAGAAGGCAAAUGGUUUUCUAUACUAAGGCAUGAGAGCUCAUUCUUGAACAACAUCAACGAGUCCGACAAAGCCGAUUUACCUACAUACUGCGACAAUGAGCAUACAUGUGCAGAAGUGGUGUUAUGCCAAGGUCACAAAUGGGAUGUAUCGAAUAAUCUUCAUUUAUUGAACGAUCCGAGCCUGUUCACUUUGAAUAGUAUGGUGACUAGUGUGCAAGUGCCCUCGAAUAAUGUCUACGCGGAUUCUAGUCUGACUAUGUCUGGUCUGGAUCAAGAUAUGAUGGACGCUAGUAUCAACAAAGAUGUGUCUAUGCAAGAGGAGGCAGAAGAAGAGAGUAAGGAACAGGACAACGACCUAGAAAAGGAGCUCCAAGCUGACGCCAUCAAACACGACCUGGCCACCCAAAAGGCCAAAGCUAACAGCCUCACCAGUCUAGGACUCCUCAACUUUAACGCCCUGUCAACUUAUGUCACCUGUGACAGUCCGCCGCCGCUGCAGAUGUCACCCGAUGAGUUGCAGCAGCUAGAAUGCUGCAAGAAGCAAGGACUACCGGCUAGGGUGAAAGGCAACUUUGUGCCUAAGGAGUUGAGACACGGCUGGUGGCGGAUCACAGAUCCGGACCAGCUCAAAGAGUUGAUGGAUGCUUUACACCCGCGAGGAGUAAGGGAGCGGGAGCUACACGCGGCUUUCGUUCAGCAUCUGCCCACUGUUAACAACAAGAUCUACAUAGACAAAGGCGACAUCCUGUCCACGGAACUGACGGUAUCGCACCUUGACCGAGUGAUCGCUCACGCGAGCGGCGCGCCCAGCCCCGACGCUGCCGGUUCAUACUCCGCUAGCGCCGCGCGACGCGUUGCUAUGCAGCUGUUAUUGGCGGUGGAACAACUAGAAGAGCGGGUCUGUGCAGCUUCCAUGCAGACCAAAGGUUGGCGCCCUUCACGAGUCUCUCCGCCUUCAGACGCCAGCGGCGCCGAACUAGUGGCGCGCGCUCGGCACCGUUUAGCAGCUGUUGAGGCACACAUAGAGCGCCGGUACCUUAAGCCGCCGCUGGUGCAAAGGUAUGCUAGUACAUCUGAGGCGGCAAUUGGCGCGGCUUUGCAAGGAGAACACGGCAAUGCUUCUGCGCCAUCGCCGCAGAACUCCGACAGUGCGAGCGAGACGAAAGAAACAAAAGGCAUCGCCCGAGGUUUAGCUACGUGGCGAGAAGCAGUAGCCCGCUGCAACACUUCAGCACAGCUGGCCAUGCUGCUGCAAGCGCUUGAAAGCGCUGUAGCCUGGGACAAGAGCAUUAUGAAGGCGAACUGCCAAUUCUGCCUGAGCGGCGACAACGAAGACCAGCUACUAUUGUGCGACGGCUGCGACAAGGGCUACCAUACCUACUGCUUCAAGCCUCGCAUGGACAAGAUUCCCGAGGGCGACUGGUAUUGCUGGGAGUGCGUGAACAAAGCGCGCGGUGAACGCGUGUGCAUCGUCUGCGGCGGUGCCUCUAGCGGACGCACCAUUCCCUGUGCACUAUGUUCAAGAGCGUACCACCAGGACUGCCACUACCCACCGCUGGGCAAGAACCCCCGCGGCAAAUGGUACUGUUCGCAGUGCAUAUCGCGCGCGCCGCCCAAGAAGCCGCGCAACACCAAGAAGCGCGACAGCAAGCAGCGCGACAACAACGCCUCCCUCGACCUCGACCAGGCCAUGGUGCCGAGCCCGGCGCCUUCCCACGCCUCGACAUCAACCACGGCAGAAGAAUGCUCGGCGAGCGCUCUGCACACGCCCGAGAAAGCGGAGUGCGCUGACAAGCUUGACGAGACGCUGGCUGAGCCCGAGAAUGGACUUAACCAUCACCCGGCGCCGCCGGACUUCGACGAAGGCCCGCCGGAAAAGCGGCGCGCGUUACAAUACGUCGGCGGCAACGGCGCCAUACAACACGACGAGUUGGAACAACAUAUCGACGCUGAAGACCAAGACACAGAAAACGUACCGCUAGUAUCGCGGGCGAAGAAAGAGAAGAACACCGCCAAAAAACUACACAAGGAUCUACAGUUCUGCAAGAGUCUCCUCUGCGACAUGGAGUGCCACGAGCACGCGUGGCCGUUCCUGAUCCCGGUCAACACCAAGCAGUUCCCGCAGUACAAGAAGGUCAUCAAGUGCCCCAUGGACCUCUCCACGAUUAAGAGGAAACUGCAGGAGGGCAGCUACAAAUGCAAGGAAGAAUUCGCGUCAGACGUCCGCCUAAUAUUCAGCAACUGCGAAGUUUUCAACGAAGACGACAGUCCGGUGGGCCGCGCGGGGCACAACAUGAGGCAGUUCUUUGAGCAGCGCUGGCAGUAGACAUGACAACCCUGCGCGAUAUGUGACGACCCUGCGUGUUAUGUGACAACCCUGCGCGAUAUGUGACUACCCUACGUGAUAUGUGACAACCCUGCGCGAUAUGUGACAACCCUACGUGACAUCUGAGUAACAACCCUGCGUGCCAUACCUAUGAGUGACAACCCUGCUUGACGCACACUUGAAGGCACAAUCUUUGGAUGGCUACACGCUAUUCUUGUAUAUGUGACAGCAACCUUAGAUAGCAACAAACGAUUAGCCUACCUACAGAAUAUAGCCUGGGCCACAUACAUCAAUAUAUCAUUCGAGCGACAGCAAAAUGAAGUCUUGCAACUAUGCAGAACCUAAAUAUAUGCGAAUACUCGGCUACACAGAUCGCGCUAGAGCGAAUCUUCGGGUUACCGCGAUGUGUGUGGCCCAGCUUAGUGGAGUUUAACAGAUUUUUGACUUUUGUCAAAGUUAAAGUAAGAUGGUGCAACCUAGCCUAAGUAAAUUAGCUUUCUGACACUGAACAAGUACUUUUUAUCUGGCUUUAUAAUGCUCUAGACAAAUAAAGGUUGCUGAUUACCGCCAGUAACCUAAGUAACUUUGUCUGCCAGAUAUCUCUCCUCGACGUUGUAGUUUAUCUGACAGAUAACUUCAUAAUAGGCUAUCAGGCUCUACAGCAAGUUGCCAGUAUAGCCAGUGACUCUCCAUUAUGAUGGCAUUAGAGAAACACUAAAAAAAGUGUCAACUCUUACGCUCAGGCCCCAAAGUUGAUUUUAUACUAUGACAAAAGUGUCUUGAUACUUUAAUAGAUAUUGACACAGUUGGUCUGAGCCAACAUAGAACAAUUUUGUGAUUUAAAAAAAUAAUACUACCAGUCAACGUCAAAUAGUUAGUAACACUGAAAGUAACCAAAAAGUUCGACGUCUUUGUUACAAUUGGAAUAAGGUUGUCAACUUUUUGGCCACUUUGGUUGUCACGAACUUUGACGCUGGCUGUACUAUUUGACCAACGGAUGCGACUCUUACUAAUUUUAAAUUAUGACUCCCAAUAAAUGCGCUGGACGCAUAAUUAUUGAACGCAACAUUAUUAUUUUUUUGAAAAUUUUCGCAUGAAACUAAGAACUUUUAGAUUUUUUAACAAUUGACUAAGCUAUUUCACAGACAGAAAUUAAAGUGACUAAUAAUACUAAUACUUAUUAGAAAUUUGAUUUCCUACUAAAUAUUGGUUACUUAACUGCAUUUAAGUCUUACUUAUUACUUAAUCAUAAUAUUAUAAAACGAAAAUGAUGUUUUUUGUUUAAAAUGCUAGCCAAUAAGUAAAUAUUCUUGAAAAUCUACUUCUAAAUAGAUGAUUUGAAAAUACCUGUCCCAGCUUCUAAUUUAUUAACCAACAAAAAGGAGGUUCUCAAUUCGACUAUGUUUUUUCUAUAAUAACGACAAUACAUAAUUAUUAUGAAAUAGAAAUAUCGCUUAUGCCAUUUUGAAAUAGCUAGCUCUAAAAUCGAUUUUCAAUAAAAUACAGUCAACUUCAUAAAAAUCUUCAGACUACAAAUUUCAACCAAUAAAAACUACAACACAUUCAUUCCAAAACACGACGUUUGAUUGAAAAAAAAAAUACAAAAAUGUCCACGACAACAUUCCAUGCCAAAUUGUAACCGGUCUGUAAGGCCGUCGUCAAAUACGAAAAAAUUUAUAAAUAAGAAUCUCACUGAGUGUAAAAAAAUCCGAAAAGUGAUUUUGUAAUAAAAUCUAGAGCAACGCACAUUAUCGUUGUCUGUAUUUAAUAAUGUAGACUGUACAUAGGUAGUCCUAAUGCUGACGUUUAGAUUAAAAAGUAUUAGUACUAUUUUUAAGCAUAGAACAUAGUUAUUGAAUGUCGUUUCGAAUAUUAUUUUUGUAAUGAUUUGCGCGUAGCAACGAAGCAGUAUUUUUAAAUAAAUUUAUUAAGAGUGGGUGAAAGAAUUGAGUUGAAAUUGAUUUUUUAAUCGGAUAUAUUAUGUGGCCAGUCGUAGAGUUGAAAUUGUUUGUAUAUGUUUAUGGGUGUGUAUAAAAUAUAGUUAUUUCGAAAUCUUUGUAGGUUGGAAUUAAUAUUAGAGUAUGUAUAGGGAACUAUAAGCGUAGAUGACCCUGUAAUUGGGUGUUAGCGUAUUACUAUUGCACGGUAACAGUUCUCUCUACUGUGGCUGAUUUACGUUUCAAUUCUAUCUGGGAGACAUUUUUGACUCACAAAGGUAUUUAUUUACAAGAAGGUCUAAAUCACGCGUGUUUGAAUUGAUUUGAAUUUGAAAAUUGGUGUGGUGUGCCAAAAAUGUCCCCGUCUCUAUGUAUUAACUGUAAAACAUAAUGUUAUACUGAUUUUACUGACAAAAAUACUAUAGUCUUCUUCUUCUUUUACUUAUUUAUUUUCUUACUCUUCCAAAUAGACAAAAUAGUCACUUUGUAUCGUGGCUGACUGUACUUUCAAAGUUUUUGUCAGUAAAAUGUAUCUUAGCGGUGUCGAUAUGUCGAUAGAAAGUCGAUAUGUCGACUUGUAAAUUACGAGUAUA